AGGGUAUAUAAGGUAACUGAGGCCAGUCGUGUGCCAGGCUCACUGGCUCACACGAGCUGAUUGAAGAACAAGAGCGAGACGGACGCGUGCCUUAAAACUUCAGCACAAACUUAUCUGGGCGACUUUGGCUCCCCAGCGAGAGCUCUGAUCCUUUAGCUUCCCUCCCUAACUAUCAGCAGAUAUAGUGGACGAUGUGCACCGCAGCGGAGAGCGCGUUCUCUGAUCUGGACACCUCCAGCUGUGACUUUUCCUUUCCUCACACGGAUGAUGAGGAUUCCCGCGGCAGCAUGCACGCCGCCUCGCCCGCGUCCUCGCUGGCAUCUACGGGGAACAGCGCACAGGACGCCGGCGAGCUGCAGCAGAAGAAGAAGCGCAGAGGUCGUGUGAGGAGCGAGGCCGCCAUUCACGUGGUAAAGAAGAACCGCAGGCUGAAAGCCAACGACCGCGAGAGGAACCGCAUGCACAACCUGAACGAUGCGCUGGACGCUCUGCGGAGUGUGCUGCCUGCCUUCCCGGACGACACCAAGCUCACCAAAAUCGAGACUCUGCGCUUCGCUCACAACUACAUCUGGGCACUGUCCGAGACCAUCCGCAUCGCGGACCAGCGCGGGAGCAAAGCGAGAGACUCCUCACCGGCAGGGAGCUGCAUGGCGGAAGCACCGAGCCCGGGGAGCGAUGCGUGCUCAUGGGCAUCAAGCGCCUCCUCUUCAGGCUCCUCUCCAUCCUACAGCUCUUCUAACCCCGGCAGCCCGGAGGCUAUGGACGAUUACGGAUUUCUGCAAGCAGACGUCGUUUACUGCUACCACAGCUACCCUGGCAUUUAUUAAGCUAUCUCCUAGUCCCAAAUCUUCUGAAGCUAGCCUAAUAAGGGAAAAUGGCAUUUCCUUUGCCCUUUAUUAGAAGCAAGAGUGCAGAUCCAGAGACAGAUUAGAUGUUCACUGUUUGCCUUAACUACCGUCAGUUUCGCGAAUGAGAAUGUUCUUAUUUUUGUACUUUUUGUAUUGCUGAACUUAAGGGGUUUCGUACCUUUGCACUUUUUUUUCCACCUUUCUUCCAGCUCGACCUCAGUGCCAGUCAGGGGGAAAUGAUGCUGCAAACUGAGAAGACAGAUUUGCUUUUAGCCGUCCGAGGUGAAAAGUCAAUUUUACAAUUUGUUAGGUUGAUAGAGCAGAAAAGCGAGCGUGAAAAUGCAGUUUCAACGCUAUGACAAUAGAAUGAAAGGCCAUCAAAAAGACAAGGAACUGGCCUUAUGCAUUAUGUAUUUUGACCCCAGGAAAUACUGUUCUCUUCAGUGUACAGAAAGACCCUUUCACAUGAGGGAGGAUUUCUUACUGUUACUUCUUUUUUUUUAUUUAUUAAACCUAUUGCUUUCAUGAUAUUGUAUUUUUAUUGUAUAUAAAGAGAUUUAUUCUAUUAUGUAUUUACCUCAAAGUAUAAGUUGUUAC